AGCACUUCUCCACCGCCAUGGACUCGCAACGACGAACAACCCCUUCUCCUCCGUCUCCGCAACUCCAUGAAUCAACCUCCAUCUUCUUGCCCUUCCUCGCAUUCUUCACCAUUGCCGCUCUGGUUGUGGUUCCUUCAGCAUCACCAUCUUUCAAAAAUACCUUAUCCAUUCUGCACCAAGUUCCUGAAGGCCAUGUAGGGGUAUAUUGGAGAGGGGGUGCCCUUCUGAAAACAAUUACAGAGCCAGGUUUUCAUCUAAAGAUGCCUUUCGUAACUGAGUAUGAACCCGUUCAAGUGACACUUCAGACAGAUCAGGUGACUGAUAUACCAUGUGGUACUAAAGGAGGUGUUAUGAUAAAUUUUGAAAAGAUUGAGGUUGUUAACCGACUUCACAAGGAAUAUGUCUUUGAGACACUUCUCAACUAUGGUGUGCAUUAUGACAAGACAUGGAUAUAUGACAAGAUUCAUCAUGAGAUCAAUCAGUUCUGCAGCUCCCAUUCUCUUCAACAAGUUUAUAUUGAUGUGUUUGAUCAGAUUGAUGAAAAGAUGAAAGAUGCUCUUCAAGUUGACUGCACCCGUUAUGCUCCAGGAAUUGAGAUCAUCAGUGUCCGUGUCACAAAGCCAACAAUUCCAGAAAGCAUAAGACGCAACUUUGAACAAAUGGAAGAGGAGCGUACUAAGGUCUUAAUUGCUAUUGAGAAACAGAAAGUAUCUGAGAAGGAGGCAGAGACUAUGAAGAAGAUGGCCAUUAGUGAGGCUGAAAAGAAUGCCAAUGUUAGCAAGAUCCUAAUGGAACAAAAAUUGUUGGAAAAGGAUAGUGCAAGAAGACAAGAAGAAAUUGAGAAUGAAAUGUACCUGGCACGUGAAAAGAGCCUGGCAGAUGCAGACUUCUACCGUGUUAUAAAGGAAGCUGAAGCAAACAGGUUGAAGCUUACUCCUGAAUUUCUCCAGCUUAAAUUUAUCGAGGCCAUCGCUAAUAAUACGAAGAUUUUCUUCGGGGACAAGGUUCCGAAUAUGAUUUUGGAUCAGAGGCUGCUUGGAAACUUCCUUCAUGAAGUUUCUAGAGGGACAGCUACAAAGGACAAAACAGAUAUCUGAAUUUGUAUCUGUCAGAGCUCAGAUGACCCAAAAGCAUUACCAACAUUUUGAAGAGUAGUUUUGUCUUCA